AUGUAUUUUCAAUCAUUUGGCAUCCAACAUGAAUGCGAUUCUGUUUAUUUCUUCGUGUUCUCGUACAGCACAACUCGAACUCCGGCGCAUUUCGAAAUUGGCGUUGUGGGAAAUGAAACAUUUCUGGAUUCUGAGGAAGCAAAGAAGAGUGUUGGAAUGAAAAAACACAAAAUUGGCCCGAUAUUUAUUGCUUCUGCUUUCGGCGUUGGGCUUGGGGCCGGAUUCCUUAGAACUAUAUUUGGCUCCCUAAUAGUGCUAAUACGAUGUGGGCAGGGAGCUGAUCAACCGCUCUUCGAGAUCAUUGAUAGCGAAGUUGAACAAGAAUGGUUCGGCACUGCCUCUUCCCUUACUCCAAAUACCUCUUCUAACGAUGUUGUAUUAUACGUCAGGCUGAGCACAACUCAAACUUCGGAGCAUUUCGAAAUUGGCGUUGUGGGAAAAGAAACACUUCUUGAUUCUAAGGAAGUAAGGAAGAGUGUUGGAAUGAAAAAACAAAAAGUUGGCCCUGCUGGAGCACUUUGCGUGGUGGCUUUCGUCGGCAAUAGGACCCCAACCACUUGUCAAUUUUUUUCGCCAAGUUCGAUGUUAUUAAAUUUUGAAGAGCCAGGACUGACUCAUGACAUCCUUGUAUCCCGUACGUCGGUCCGGCCAAAAGCCUGCAAUCAAGUGACUGGGAGGUGCAAGGGAGGCGGUUUGGAGUCGCCUCCAACAAAUAAGCUCCACAUUUCCACUCCAAGAGAACGGAAGUUCUCCCAAAAACUCAUGGGACUAGAGGAUUGCAACCUGCCCAUGGGUUUCAAAUUUUAUGCAAAAUACAGUAAUAGAAAAGAGUCUCCUGAUUCCGAAGGAAAGCCUGGUACGGUAGCACCAGGUAGGAUGGGAUUGCAGGAGUCAUAUAGGUUACCGAAACGGAAAACGACUACGAUGGCGAUCUGUACUUCUAACGUACGUACGCUUGCAUCGGAAGCGGCUAUCGAAGAUAUGAUGAUGCAAGCCAAGAAGAUCAAGUAUGACGUCAUCGGAAUGACCGAGAAGAGACGACGUCACCAUCUCAACGCCGUAUAUGAAACUGGAGAAGAACAGUUUUUAGGAACAUGCGACAGUAGAGGUGUUGGAGGAGUUGGCGUCCUCGUCAACACAAGUAUGACAAAGAACUUCGACUCUUUCGAACAAAUUAUGACCCGAAUCGGAAGUCUGCGGAUCAGAAGAUGUGGACCAACACCAACUUUGAUUAUCUUCGUCGUUUUUGCUCCAACAUCAAGCUACGAUGAAGAAGAAGUCGAAGGUUUCUAUGUGGACCUGGAGAAGUUCUACCGAGAAGAUCAUGCCUUCUACAAGGUCAUAAUUGGCGAUUUCAACGCCAAAGUUGGCCCAAGAAGAACGCCGGAGGAACUUCACAUCGGACCCACGGCCUACAAUGGAACGACCAGGGGGAGAGACUUUCCGAGUUCAUCAUGA